CAACAUCAGUGUGAAGAUGGCGGAGGGUGAAUUGAACGUGGACAGCCUCAUCUCUCGGCUUCUGGAAGUGCGGGGAUGUCGCCCGGGAAAGAUAGUCCAGAUGACCGAGGCAGAGGUGCGGGGCCUCUGCAUCAAAUCCAGGGAGAUCUUCCUCAGCCAGCCCAUCCUGUUGGAGCUUGAGGCACCCCUGAAGAUCUGUGGUGACAUCCAUGGGCAAUACACAGAUCUGCUGAGGCUCUUUGAAUAUGGUGGCUUCCCUCCAGAGGCAAACUACCUUUUCCUGGGCGACUACGUGGACAGAGGGAAGCAGUCCCUGGAAACCAUCUGCCUUCUGUUGGCCUACAAGAUCAAAUACCCAGAGAACUUUUUCCUGCUCAGGGGCAACCAUGAGUGUGCUUCCAUCAACCGCAUCUACGGGUUCUACGAUGAGUGCAAGCGCAGGUUCAACAUUAAGUUGUGGAAGACCUUCACUGACUGCUUUAACUGCCUCCCCAUCGCUGCUAUUAUUGACGAGAAGAUCUUCUGCUGCCAUGGAGGGCUAUCGCCUGAUUUGCAGUCAAUGGAGCAGAUUCGCAGGAUCAUGAGGCCAACAGAUGUGCCUGAUACAGGCCUUCUGUGUGACCUGUUGUGGUCAGACCCAGAUAAGGAUGUACAAGGCUGGGGAGAGAACGACCGUGGGGUCUCCUUCACCUUUGGGGCGGACGUGGUCAGCAAAUUCCUCAACCGCCAUGACCUGGACCUCAUCUGCAGAGCCCACCAGGUUGUGGAGGAUGGAUAUGAGUUCUUUGCCAAACGCCAACUGGUCACACUUUUCUCGGCUCCAAACUACUGCGGGGAGUUUGACAACGCAGGUGGCAUGAUGAGCGUCGAUGAAUCCCUUAUGUGUUCCUUCCAGAUCCUAAAGCCCUCAGAGAAGAAGGCCAAGUACCAGUAUGGUGGUGUAAAUUCUGGUCGGCCCGUCACCCCACCCCGCACCACCCAAGCUCCCAAGAAGAGGUGAACGUACAGCCUUGGCUCUGCCCCUCCGGCUUACCCUGUCCGUCCUUGGUCUGCCAUCACGGCAACCCCUGUAACUCCCCUGUAUAGCAAAGAUACAGGGCUUAUCUAAUUGCCCAAAUCUUUCUCCUCUUUCUUCCCCACUCAUCCACUCCUUCCCCAACUCCACUGACAGCUCUUUUCUUAAUGUGUAUGUGUACAUAAAUUUGCUGUGACCAAUCUUUUUUUUUUUUUUGCCUGUUUGUUGGUAUUUUUGAUAUUAUUAAUGAAUAAUCUUUUUGGUGGUUUUACUUCCAGUUCCAUUUGAGAUUUUCUGAUUUUCUGAGGUUCUGUGUCAUGUAAGGAAAUGCCUUCUCUUUGUAGAGGGGCAAAGUGACUGAGUUAGAGGAAUUCUUUUUCAGUUUCACAAAAACAUGAUGAGGAUUGGAAAUUGUUUUGCCUUGACCUCUCAAAAAACUGAGAGAAUCCCUCAAACAUAUUUCAAUGAGACUGAGAUUUCCGUGCAGUGCUAAAUCCGUAGACACAAAUAACAUCUCUUAUAUUCCAGUUUAACUGUUCAAACUCAUUAUAGCUUGUGCAGUGCUCUUUGUGGUUGGUUGUUGUGCACAAACACAUUGUGUAUAUUUAACCAUUGAAAAAGUGCACGUCCCUUUGAGUAGCAAAGAAUGUGAAGCGACCGGCUUGAAUGAAAUAUAGAGGCUAAAUCAGAUGCUGCUGGGAGUGGACGCGCUCUACCCGAACACAACACCCUCUGGGCAUCAGUUCCUCCACUCUGUUAUGUCCCCGCGUGCCUCAACACCAUGCCCACACAAAAAAAAAAAAACAUGCCACUUCUCA